GUUAACGGUUAAAUGUUUUGAUAGUUUUUUUGGUGCUUUUUUUAGCUUUCGUUGCCACAUCAUCUUAAUCACUUACAUUUUUGAUUCAAUUCAAUUCCCAUUUCUUAAUUAGCUUCAUUUUUAUCAAUUUCUGAACUUAAUUAUGUUUCCCUUGUGUUUAAUUGUAAAUAAACAGUUACAAUUUCUGUCUCUGUUUCCGUAAAUAACUUUCUCGUAACUUUAAAUUGUUCAUUCAUUUUUACUUUUUGUGUUCAUAUUGUUAAUCAGUUAAAUUUAAUUACUAAUUGUAAUCGUAAUGGCAACAGGAUAUGAUGGCCAUUUUUUGGCUAAAACUCUGCUUGCUGGAGGUGUCGCUGGAAUGACAUCGAAAACGGCAGUCGCUCCUUUGGAUCGUAUUAAGAUCUUACUUCAAGCCCAUAAGAUUGGAUACAAGAAUCAUGGUGUAUUCAGUGGACUUCGGGCUAUCAUUGAGAAAGAGCGAUUCUUAGGAUUAUAUCGUGGUAAUGGCGCUCAAAUGGUCAGAGUUUUCCCUUAUGCUGCCGUUCAGUUUUUAUCCUUUGAGAUUUACAAGAAGCAUCUUACUAAUCUCUAUGGGUCUGGACAUAGUAUCAAAUUUUUUGCUGGUUCACUUGCUGGUGUAACUGCGGUCACAAUGACUUAUCCUUUGGAUUUGGUUCGAGCUCGAUUAGCAUUUAUCACUCCUGAUGAUUUAAUUACAGCCAAAAGUGAUGGGAAAACAAUUAGUUUAAUGGAAAGAUCAAUGAUCAUCAAUACUCUCAGACAAGUGUAUGGUCAACACGGUAUUCGAGGACUUUAUCGAGGCUUAAGUCCAACACUUUUAGCUAUGAUUCCUCAUGCAGGAAUUUCAUUUUAUUCAUUUGAAAGGCUUAAGCAUUUAGUUUUUACACAUUUUCCUCAAUUCUGCUCGAGGCAAAAAGAUGGUUCAAUUGUCCUAAGUUUCCCAGCUAAAUUGCUUUGUGGUGGAAUCUCAGGAGCAAUUACUCAACCCAUCAUCUAUCCAUUGGAUGUUGCUCGAAGACGAAGUCAACUGGCCACUGCCGAUGCCGAAACACGCAAAUAUGGUGGAAAUCCAAUGAGAACUUUAUUGACGAUCUAUCGGGAACACGGAAUAAUUUCUGGCCUUUAUCGAGGAAUGAGCAUCAACUAUAUUCGCGCUGUACCAAUGGUCGCAGUCUCAUUUACCGCUUACGAGAUAAUGAAACAGAGCCUCGGGCUAAAUACUGGACUUUCAUCUUGAAUUUCAUUCCAAUCAAUAUACUGAAUGUAUUGAAAUUUUUUCUCUCAUUACCUUAAUCAUUCACAAUAAUUUCAUUAAUUUCAUCUCAUCAUCAUUGAUAAUUUCAAGAUCCGUUUAACAAUAAAAAUCCCCGUUGAUACAAAAUAUUUUUCAACCGAUUGCUAAAUUGUUAUUACCCAAUAAUUAAACAUGAAAAACAAUUUUCACGAUUAAAUUGAUUGAGUUAAUAAGAAACAAUUAAUUACGUAGAUAUAUGUAAUCUCGCUAUUGAUUUUGGCUCAAGAAUUGAUUGUUUAAUUAACAACCCGGAUUCAUUUGAAUGA